AUGAAUUCCCUUAAAGUUUUGGAUAUAUGUGGCAUUGAUAUCUCAAUGUUGCCCCCAUCAGUGGAGGGCCUGAAAAAUCUUCGGACGUUGUGGUUGGAUAGAUGUCCUCAGUUAAAAGACGUAACUCUAAUUGGUGGAUUGAAGAAUCUAGAAAUACUUUGCUUACAAGAAACUGGCAUCUGUGAACUGACAGAAAAAAUGGGUGAGUUACACAAUCUAAAGCUGUUGGAUUUGAUGGAAACGGAUUCUCUUGAAAUGAUAGCACCAAAUGUCAUAUCAAGGAUGACUCAGUUAGAGGAACUGCGAAUGGGAAUUAGCUUUAGCAAGUGGGAGGUUAUGGGAAAUGGAGAUGCAAGACAAGCUAGCUUAGCUGAGGUGGCAUCCUUGUCUCGGCUAACUGUUUUAUACAUCCAUGUGGAAAAUGUCGAAUGCUUGUCUCAGAACAUCCCUGGUCCAUGGAAAAACCUGAAGAAAUUCCGCAUAUGUGUGGGUAGAGAUUACACAGACAGCAAAGCAGCAAGGAGUAUAAAAAUUGAGAAUUCACCAUGUCCAAAUGCAAAGUGGGUUGAGGUGCUAUUUAACAGAACCAACGAGCUAGAAUUAGUGCAUUGUAAGGGUCUUUACAAUCUCAUGAUGUCACAUGAACUAAGUUUCAAUAGCUUAAAGAUCCUCCUUAUCAAAGAAUGUGGUGAAAUGGAACAUUUGUUAAGUGUGGAAGAAGGAGAAGAGCCUCCUCGAAAUGUAUUCGAGCAUCUGAAUAAGUUGUCACUAGAAGAGUUAAUGAAUCUAAAGACGUUCUGCCGGGGCCCACUUCCAGCCGGUUCCCUCCAAAACCUGAGAAAGCUCAACAUAUCUCGUUGUAAUAAAUUAAUCAAUAUUAUGCCAUCUGAUCUGCUCCAGAGUAUGGAGGAACUCGAUGUAAGUCACUGCCAUGAGUUGGUGGAAGUCUUUCACUUCCAAGGGACCUCAAAAGAAGAUGCUCUGCUUUCAAAAUUAAGGAAACUCAAAUUGUAUGAUCUACCAGAACUGACAAGUAUCUGGAAGGGGGCCAUACCUCCUCUUGGUAGCCACCACCAUCUAGAGUUCGUAAGUGUCAGAUAUUGUAGGAGACUGAGAUAUCUCGUCUCACCUGCUCUGGCAGAAAGACUUCAACUAUUAAAAGAUCUUCACAUAGUAGGGGAAAUAUUAUUACAGCUCAAACAAUACUUAAAGUCUAAGAUACGACACCGUGUGGGAUAUCCCUCUCCUGAAGUGGAUGGAGUGAAUGCUCUUCUUAAUUUGUACUUCCUUGUGAGGGUGUUACAGGCAUUAAAGAAACUCGAUUUGUCUGGUCUACCAGAACUGACGAGUAUUUGGAAGGGGUCCGUUCCUCCUCUUGGUAGCCUCCACCAUCUAGAGGAGGUAAGAGUCGUACAUUGCAAGAGACUGAGAUAUCUCCUCUCGCUUGCGCUGGCAGAAAGACUUCAGCAAUUAAAGUUGCUUCACAUUUGGGAGUGCGAGAAGAUGGAGACAUUGAUAGGGGUAGAAGUUGAAGAGAGCACAAGUGCAUCAUUAUUGUCAUCAUCAGGGUCAAGUCAAUCAGAACUGACGUGUCUCCCUCACUCACUUCCACAUGGAAGAAUGUUCCCCAACCUUCAAACAUUGCACAUUUCUAAAUGUAAUGGCCUUCAGAAUCUCUUUUCAUUGAGUGUCGCCCAAGGUCUCUUGCAACUCGAAUGUCUCUCUAUCAUCGAUUGCAAGGGAAUGGAGGUGAUAAUAGCAAAGGAGGCAGACGAUGAAGUGGUGGAUCAAGAAGGUUAUUCUGUUGAUGAGGAUGAGAUGACAAAAUAUGGAAUUGGCGAAGGUCUCUUCAAGGAUGUUAAUAUGUUGGAGGAAGCAUCAUGUAGAGUUCAUAUGUUGUUCGACAAAUUUAAGGCUUCAUGCUUGUUGCUGGAAGGAGAUAUAUCAAACUCUGUAAAACUGCAUGAUGUUGUUCGAGAUGUCGCCUUAUCAAUAGCAUUAAGAGCUGAGCAUGGGUUUUUGGUAAAAGCUAAACUCCUAACCUUGUUUUUGUUUGAGAAUCAUUCAUUGAAAGAGAUUCCCGAUGAUUUCUUUCAAGGGAUGAAUUCCCUUAAAGUUUUGGAUAUAAGUGGCAUUGAUAUCUCAAUGUUGCUCCCAUCAGUGGAGGGCCUAAAAAACCUUCGGACGCUAUGGUUGGAUAGAUGUCCUCAGUUAAAAGAUGUAACUCUAAUUGGUGGAUUGAAGAAGCUAGAAAUACUUUGCUUACAAAAAACUGGCAUCUGUGAACUGACAGAAAAAAUGGGUGAGUUACAGAAUCUAAAGCUCUUGGAUUUGAUGAAAACGAAUUCUCUUGAAACGAUAGCAUCAAAUUUCAUAUCAAGGAUGACUCAGUUAGAGGAACUGCGAAUGGGAAAUAGCUUUGGCAAGUGGGAAGUUAUGGGAAAUGGGGAUGCAAGAUAA